AUGCCACCUGUAGCUGGGCUUUUUAAGGUAUCACAGCAGGUAUCACUGUGCUGGUGCCGCAAGCUGGUGCCAGCCAAGCCAGAGCCAGGGCCCUCCUGGGCUGUGCUGGCGUUCAGCUCUCUCCGCGAUUUCCUCAUCCUCCCGGGGUACAUCGACUUCGUGCCCGACGACGGGCUGACGGCGCAGCAGCUCUUCAGCUGCGGCGAUGGGCUCACCUACAACGAUUUCCUCAUCCUCCCGGGGUACAUCGACUUCACGGCGGACCAGGUGGACUUGACCUCGGCGCUGACCAAGAAAAUCACCCUGAAGACCCCGCUGGUCUCCUCGCCCAUGGACACAGUCACCGAAGCCAGCAUGGCCAUCGCCAUGGCGCUGACCGGAGGAAUUGGGUUCAUCCACCACAAUUGCACCCCGGAGUUCCAGGCCAACGAAGUGCGGAAGGUGAAGAAAUACGAGCAAGGAUUCAUCACAGACCCCGUGGUGCUGAGCCCCAAUGACCGAGUGCGAGAUGUGUUUGAAGCAAAAGCUCGUCAUGGAUUUUGUGGGAUUCCCAUCACGGACAAUGGGAAGAUGGGGGGCAAGCUGGUUGGGAUCAUCUCGUCCAGAGAUAUUGAUUUCCUGAAAGAGUCAGAGCAUGACCUGCCCCUCGGUGAGAUUAUGACAAAGCGAGAGGAUCUUGUUGUGGCCCCAGCUGGCGUAAUGUUGAAAGAAGCAAAUGAAAUUCUGCAAAGGAGUAAAAAAGGCAAGCUGCCAAUUGUUAAUGAAGAUGAUGAGCUGGUGGCUAUCAUUGCCCGCACUGAUCUCAAGAAGAACAGGGACUACCCUCUGGCUUCUAAGGACUCCAAGAAGCAGCUGCUCUGUGGUGCUGCUAUUGGGACCCACAAGGAUGACAAGUACCGGCUGGAUCUGCUGGUGCAGGCUGGCGUGGAUGCCGUCGUGCUGGAUUCAUCUCAGGGGAAUUCCAUCUUCCAGAUCGAUAUGAUAAAAUACAUUAAGGAGAACUAUCCCAACCUAGAAGUUAUUGGAGGAAAUGUGGUGACUGCUGCUCAGGCCAAGAACCUCAUUGACGCGGGGGUUGAUGCCCUGAGGGUCGGGAUGGGCAGUGGCUCCAUCUGCAUCACGCAGGAAGCUGCUCCAAAGAUCCCUCCAGACCUAAAGUCCCACAGCCCCAAAUGCCCUUCUACUGUCACGGGCACCUAUAUGCUGGCGUGCGGCCGGCCCCAGGCCACGGCGGUGUACAAGGUGUCUGAGUACGCCAGGAGGUUCAGCGUGCCUGUCAUCGCCGAUGGAGGCAUCCAGACAGUUGGGCACAUUGCCAAAGCCCUGGCACUUGGGGCCUCCACAGUGAUGAUGGGCUCUCUCCUGGCCGCCACCACGGAGGCCCCAGGCGAGUACUUCUUCUCGGAUGGCAUCAGGCUGAAGAAAUACCGCGGCAUGGGCUCCCUAGAUGCCAUGGACAAGAACUUGGGGAGCCAGAAUCGGUAUUUCAGUGAGACAGACAAAAUUAAAGUGGCCCAGGGAGUCUCCGGUGCAGUGCAAGACAAGGGCUCUAUCCAUAAAUUCAUUCCAUAUUUAAUUGCUGGGAUCCAGCAUUCCUGCCAGGAUAUUGGUGCCAGGAGCUUGACCCAACUCCGAGCCAUGAUGUACUCGGGAGAGCUGAAAUUUGAGAAGAGGACAAUGUCUGCCCAGGUUGAAGGAGGAGUGCACGGCCUCCACUCGUAUGAGAAGCGCCUCUUCUGAAGGAGAUGAGUCUGUGUCUGUCCUUGUGCCACCCAGCCCCGUGCAGCUCUGCACGGGAGCUGCUUGUGCUGCAGAAGUGCCAUUAUCCUGGGCUGCCUGGAGCUCCCGCUGUCCCUUGGCUGCUUUCUCACCACCGCGGGGCCCACCUUCCACCUGGGAGCUGUGAUCCUGGGCUGGAGCCUUGCACAUGUUGGCCAUGUUUUACAAUAAAAACAAUGAAAAGAUGUGCAGUUGGUAUCAGCCCGGAGCUCCUCUUCUUUACCUUCCUUGCUCUCUGUCCUUGGCUCUGUCCCUUGCUUCCCACUCUGUCAGAGGCAGCUGAUAACCCCAGAACGGACUGUGUGCAUGUGAAGGACAACAGGAAGGGGAGCGCCCUGAGACAGGGCUGAGUGGGUAACACAGUGUGGCUUCUUUAAAAUCCUUCCUGAGAGCAGAAAAUGAGGGCUGGGCUGCUGGGCAAGAAAGCAAACCGUUUUACAGGCCAUUACGUCCUGCUGGGAGCUGCCAAACCUAGCUGUGGCAGCAGCCAGGAUGCUGCAGGCCCCCAUUCCUGGUCCAGCUGCUGCAUUCCCCUAAACGUCUUGCAGUUGCCACACCUCCAGGCCCAGUGGCAGCACCCCUUGGGCUGUUCACUGUGGAUUACCUGCCCAGGUUCCAAGAGAGCAGUUGUUUGCUGGAAGGUGGGCAAUGCACUGGGAGGGGCACAAGUUUAUAAAGGAGCUGGUCUGCAUUUCUGCAAUCCUGAGCAGUGCAAACUUCCAUGGCUUGGUAGGUUUAUCUGUGCUUGCAGUGCCAGGAGCCGAGAAGUAUUUUACACCUGUAUCAGUUGUAGAUGUCUCACAUAUCACUCCUGCUGAAGUGUGUGUUUACUGUUGGUGGUUUGGGGAUGUCAAAUUUUAUACACUAAAACCAGAGCCUUGACUACAAUGCCACAGUGUCAGUGUCACACACUCAUUAAGACACUUGCUAAGCAAAGCCACCCUAACCUUGCAGCUGCAUCCCUUGCCUUUGCCUGUCAAGGUGACAGAGUUGAGGCCAUGAGGCUUCCAUUAGAUACAUGUACUCUCUUCCCCAGGGGUGACAUUUCCAACCAUGAAGCAACCAGUGUGGGGACAGGACAGGGACCCUUUCCGUGUCCCCUGCUGGAGCUGAGCCUUCAGUGAGAGGGGGUGCAGCGCCCUUGGAUCAACAAUGCCCAAGGGACAUUGGUGCUGGGGUGGUACAAAGCCCCACAGGAGAGCCCAAGCCAGGCCAGCACCCGCUGGGACACACUAGUUGCUGGUGCUGGUUGUGCACAGGAAGCUGUGGCACGUGGUAUCCCACCACACAUGCUGCCCAGUGCCCAGGGCAAGCACGUGCCCCAUCAAUUUGUUGCAGCCUCAAUGCACUGUGCAUUAACUACCACACAAUUUAUUGUACUUCCCAUUUACAUGUAUUUUCCUCGUGGAGCUCCAGAUGCACUCGGGGGGUGUAUAACUCACCCCGCCAGCCUUCACCCUCCCUCAGGUGAGGCUCCUUGCUGCCAAGGUGUAGGGCAUGACCAUGGCAGGGCUGUGGGAGCAGUGCUGCCAGCAAAGCCUUGUGCUGUGGCCCAUAGCCCCCAGCCCAGACUGGACAGGGAGGUGAAGAAGCCAGGGACUGCAGGGAAGAGCUAAGCCCAUGUAUUUCACACCCUCCCGAGUGCAGGGCCAUCACCCAACCGGCAGCUCCACAGUUCACUAUGGAGCGUUUCUCAGUUGGGAGCAGUGACACUCGGGGGCUUCAGGCAGGCAAGGGGAA